GUCUAGCGCUCUAGUCACCGCCAUUGAGGAGUGGCGGAGAGGAAGCACCUCGCAGAACCGGGCUUGGGCGGCAGCGACAGCAGUAGCUACAGCUACAGCGACAGAUUCAGAGACCAUGAGAGAGAGAAAUAAAAAAGACUGAUCUAUGAUUUCUAAGCACCUUUUUCUGAGGAAAUAGUCAUGUUGGAAGGUCUCGUGGCCUGGGUUCUCAACACCUACUUGGGGAAAUAUGUCAAUAACCUGAACACUGACCAGCUGUCGGUUGCUCUUCUUAAAGGUGCUGUUGAAUUAGAAAACCUCCCAUUAAAGAAAGAUGCCCUGAAAGAACUGGAAUUGCCCUUUGAAGUCAAAGCUGGCUUGAUUGGCAAAGUGACACUCCAGAUUCCUUUCUACCGCCCCCAUGUGGACCCUUGGGUGAUCUCCAUCUCUGGCCUCCACGUAAUCAGUGCUCCUGAGAAAAUCCAGGACUUCAAUGAUGAGAAGGAGAAGUUACUGGAGAGGGAGCGUAAGAAGGCGCUGCUUCAAGCCCUUGAGGAGAGAUGGAAGAGUGAGCGGCGGCAGCAGAAGGGAGAACCUUAUUGGUAUUCAGUCACUGCCUCAGUUGUCACGAGGAUCGUGGAGAAUAUCGAGUUAAAAAUUCAAGAUGUCCAUCUGCGUUUUGAAGAUGGUCUUACCAAUCCUUCCCAUCCUUUUGCAUUUGGCAUCUGCAUUAAGAAUGUUUCCAUGCAGAAUGCUGCAAAUGAGCCUGUACAGAAACUAAUGCGAAAAAAACGAUUAGAUGUGGCUGAGUUUAGUGUUUACUGGGAUGUCAAUUGCACUUUAUUGGGGGAUUUGCCCCAAGCGGAGUUACAGGAGGCCAUGGCCAGAAGCAUGGAGAGUCGCAGUCACCACUACAUCUUGGAGCCUGUGUGCGCAUCUGCCCUCUUGAAAAGGAACUGCUCCAAGGAGCCUCUGAGGUCUAGACACAGCCCGAGGAUUGAAUGCGAUAUUCAGCUGGAGACCAUUCCCUUGAAGCUGUCUCAGCUGCAGUACCGGCAGAUCAUGGCAUUCCUCAAGGAGCUGGAGCGGAAGGAGAGGCAGAUGAAGUUCCGGAAGUGGAAACCCAAAGUGGCCGUGUCCAAGAACUGUCGAGAAUGGUGGUAUUUUGCCCUGAACGCUAACUUGUAUGAGAUCAGAGAGCAGAGGAAGUGUUGGACCUGGGAUUUCUUGUUGCAUCGUGCCCGAGAUGCUGUGUUUUACACUGACAGAUACUUCAACAAGUUAAAAGGAGGCGUGCUGUCUGCAGAUGACAAGGAGGAGAUGUGUCGGAUUGAGGAGGAACAGAGCUUUGAGGAAUUGAAGAUUCUGCGUGAACUCGUUCAUGAUAGAUUUUAUAAGCAAGAGGAGUUAGCAGAGAGUCUUCGAGAGCCACAGUUUGAUUCUCCAGGAACCUCACCUAGUGAUCCAGAUGGCAGUGGAGGCAGCGGGAUGCUGCAGUACCUGCAGUCCUGGUUUCCAGGGUGGGGCGGCUGGUAUGGACAGCAGAGCCCUGAAGGGAAAGUGGUAGAAGGACUGACAGCCGAGACACAUGAGCACUGGACACCUGAAGAGAUCUUGGGCACCGAGGAGUUCUUUGACCCCACUGCAGAUGCUUCGUGUAUGAAUACCUACACAAAGCGAGAUCACGUCUUUGCCAAGUUGAAUGUGCAGCUACAGCGGGGCACUGUGACUCUCCUGCAUAAGGAGCAGGGCGCUGCUCAUGCCAACGAGAGUGCGUUCAUGCAGCUCGAGUUCUCAGAUGUAAAACUUCUAGCAGAGUCUCUUCCCCGAAGAAACUCCUCCUUGCUUUUAGUCCGGUUGGGUGGACUGUUCCUUCGAGACCUGGCUACCGAAGGAACCAUGUUUCCUCUCCUGGUCUUCCCCAAUCCGCAGAAAGAAGUUGGCAGAGUCUCACAGUCUUUUGGUCUUCAAACUGCAUCAGAAGACAGAAGUGAUCAGUACUCUGCUGCGGACCCAGAAAAUCCAGUCUUUGAGAUGCUCUAUGAGAGAAACCCAGUGCACAGCCACUUUGAGAGGAGGCUGCAUGUCAGCACGAGGCCCUUGAACAUCAUCUACAACCCACAGGCUAUUAAAAAAGUGGCAGACUUUUUCUACAAGGGAAAGGUUCAUACCUCAGGCUUUGGUUAUCAGUCUGAGCUUGAGUUGAGGGUAGCUGAAGCAGCUCGAAGACAAUAUAACAAGCUGAAGAUGCAGACCAAGGCUGAGAUCCGACAGACUCUUGACCGUUUGCUUGUGGGAGAUUUUAUUGAGGAAAGUAAGCGGUGGACUGUUCGCCUGGACAUUUCUGCCCCGCAAGUGAUAUUUCCAGAUGAUUUCACCUUCAAGAAUCCUGUGCUGGUCGUUGUUGAUCUUGGAAGAAUGCUUUUGACUAACACUCAAGAAGACACUAGGAGGAAAAGUAGGGAUGGCUCAGCUUCUGAAGAGAACCAGUUCAGUGAUGAUGAAUAUAAGACCCCUCUUGCUACACCUCCCAGUACCCCACCUCCAGAGACCAGCAGUAGCAACGGAGAGAAAACACCACCCUUUUCUGGAGUGGAAUUCAGCGAGGAACAGCUUCAGGCUCACCUAAUGAGCACACAGAUGUAUGAGAGGUACUCUCUGACAUUCAUGGACCUCCAGGUCAUGGUAGGGCACGUGAGAGACAACUGGAAACGCGUGCAGGACAUUGAUGUGGGCCCAACACAUGUAGUUGAGAAGUUCAAUGUUCACCUGCAGUUAGAACGUCGGCUGAUUUACACGUCAGACCCCAAGUACCCUGGUGCCGUGCUCUCAGGCAAUUUACCAGACUUAAAAAUCCACAUCAAUGAAGAUAAGAUAUCUGCUCUGAAGAACUGCUUUGCUCUCCUCACCACUCCUGAAAUCAAGCCCUCUGACACCCAGAUCAGAGAGAAGAUUUUCCCCCAGGAAGGACCUCGGGGAAGCUUGCAGGAUUCAGUAAUGAACUUGACCCAGAGUAUUGUAAUGCUGGAGCAGCACACACGGGAGGUGCUAGUGGAAUCACAGCUCCUCCUAGCGGAAUUCAAGGUGAACUGCAUGCAGCUUGGUGUUGAGAGCAGUGGCCGCUACAUCUCAGUGCUCAAGGUGUUUGGCACCAACGCUCACUUUGUGAAAAGACCGUAUGAUGCUGAAGUCUCCCUGACUGUUCAUGGAUUGCUCCUGGUGGACACCAUGCAGACUUACGGUGCUGAUUUUGACCUUCUGAUGGCUUCACAUAAGAAUCUGAGUUUUGAUAUUCCUACAGGAAGCCUCCGGGAUAGCAGGGCACAGUCUCCUGUCUCUGGACCUAAUGUGGCCUUCCAAACUGAUGUAACCAUUAACGACCAAUCAGCCACUAGUGUUUCCCUGGAGAAAAUUCUCACUAAAGAACAAGAGUCUCUCAUUAAAUUGGAGUAUCAGUUUGUGAGUUCAGAGUGCCCAUCUAUGAACUUGGACAGCACUCUGCAGGUCAUUUCCCUUCAGGUCAAUAAUUUGGACAUCAUCCUAAACCCAGAGACAAUUGUGGAACUCAUUGGUUUUCUUCAAAAAUCCUUCCCUAAGGAAAAGGAUGAGGUGAGCCCUCAGCCUCUGAUGACUGACCUUGAAAGAAGCAUUAUGGAACAGGGCACAAUUCAGUCAACUUAUGAGCAGAACACAGAGGUUGCUGUGGAGAUCCACAGGCUCAACCUCCUGCUGCUUCGGACAGUGGGCAUGGCUGACGGGGAGAGACAUGGCAGGAAAAUUGCAACAGCCAGUAUUGGUGGCACCAAGGUGAACGUGUCGAUGGGCAGCUCGUUUGACAUGAAUGGCUCCCUUGGCUGUUUGCAACUCAUGGAUCUGACACAAGAGAAUGUGAAGAACCAGUAUGUUGUCAGCAUCGGGAAUUCUGUAGGCUAUGAGAACAUCGUCAGCGACAUUGGCUAUUUUGAAAGUGUAUUUGUCAGAAUGGAAGAUGCAGCCCUGACUGAAGCAUUGAGUUUCACAUUUGCUGAGAAAUCAAAACAGGAAUGCUUUCUCAAUCUGAAGAUGGCAUCUUUGCAUUAUAACCACUCUGCUAAAUUCUUGAAGGAGUUGACAUUAUCUAUGGAUGAGCUGGAAGAGAAUUUUCGCAAUAUGUUGAAAAGUGCAGCCACCAAAGUGACCACAGUAUUAGCCACCAAGACUGCCGAGUACAGUGAGAUGGUGUCACUCUUCGAAACCCCAAAGAAGACCAGGGAACCGUUUGUCUUAGAGGAGAAUGAAAUCUAUGGGUUUGGCCUUCCUUCCCCUCGAUCGGACACGGUGAAGCUCAUCUUGAACAUAAACAUUGAGUCUCCAGUUGUUUCUAUCCCUCGGAGGCCUGGGAGUCCUGAGCUGUUGGUGGGACACUUGGGACAGAUAUUCAUCCAGAAUUUUGUGGCAGGAGAUGAUGAAUCCAGAAGUGACCGCCUGCAGGUGGAAAUCAAAGACAUUAAACUCUAUUCUUUGAAUUGCACUCAGCUAGCAGGCAGGGACAAUGCCGGACCUGAAGUCAGUCGGACAUUUUGCCCGCCCUCUGGGUCAGCCAGUGUUAAUAGCCAGGAGGAGGCUCACUUCACACGACACGAUUUCUUUGAAUCUUUGCAUAGAGGCCAAGCCUUUCAUAUCCUGAACAAUACCACCAUCCAGUUUAAGCUGGAGAAGAUCCCUAUCGAGAGAGAAUCUGAGCUGACUUUCUCCCUUAGUCCAGAUGAGCUGGGAACGUCCAGCAUCAUGAAGAUUGAAGGAAAGUUUGUCAACUCAGUUCAGGUGGUGUUAGCCAAGCACGUGUAUGAGCAGGUGUUACAGACGAUGGACAACCUCGUGUACAGUGAAGAUCUGAAUAAGUUUGCAGCCAGUGCCCCGACCUCCCCCUGCCUUAACUCUCCCCUGCCCCAGCUCAGUUCCUGCGGAGAACCUUCUGUGGAGAAGAAGGAGAAUGGACUGUUCAGCCACUCCAGCUUUUCUAGCACUUCUCAGAAGUCCUUGUCUGUGAAGGAAGCCAAGGCCUUCACUCAGAUUCAAGCCAACUUCUGUAUAUCGGAGCUGCAGGUUCAGCUGAGCGCUGACCUGACUUUGGGGGCCCAAGGGCUUGUGAGCUUAAAGUUUCAAGAUUUUGAGGUGGAGUUUAGUAAAGACCACCCACAGACCUUAUCCAUCCAGAUUGCCCUGCGUUCACUCCUCAUGGAAGACCUACUGGAGAAGAACCCAGACUCUAAGUACAAGAGCCUGAUGGUGUCCAGAGGGGCUCCCAAGCCAUCUAGCUUAGCACAGAAGGAGUAUCUCUCUCAGUCUUGCCCUUCGGUGUCCAGUGUAGAGUACCCUGACAUGCCCCGGUCUCUCCCUUCCCACAUGGAGGAAGCGCCGAACGUCUUCCAGUUGUAUCAAAGACCCAUUUCCACAUGUCGGAAAAAGCAAAAGGAAGCCCAGGACAAGAGCUACCCCCAGACCCCACCUCCUUCCCCCUCAGCGGACGAGCCCAAGGCGCUUGUUGGAAAGAGUAAAUUUGACGAUUCCCUGGUCCACAUCAAUAUAUUCUUGGUGGAUAAAAAACAUCCAGAGUUCUCUUCCAGUUAUGGUCGCAUUAACCGGAGCAUCGAUGUCGACUUUAACUGCUUGGAUGUGUUGAUCACCCUGCAAACCUGGGUGGUGAUACUGGACUUCUUUGGGAUUGGCUCCACCGCAGACAACCAUGCGAUGAAAGUGCCACCUGAAGGCCUUCUCCAGAACGUGAAGGCAGAGUCCAGUGCUUCCAUGGAGUCUGAGCUCCAGGAGCCAGUGAACUCCAAGCUGGAUCUCAAGGUUCAUUCGCUUUCUCUUGUGCUAAGUAAAGCCACCAGUGAGCUUGCUAAAGCAAAUGUGUCCAAAUUAAUGGCACACAUGGAGAUGAUUGAAGGAGACCUGGCCUUGCAGGGAAGCAUCGGGAGCCUGUCUCUGAGUGACCUCACGCCACAUGGAGACUUCUACAGAGAACGCUUCACCACAAGUGGAGAGGAAGCUCUCAUCUUCCAGACUUUCAAAUAUGGGCAGCCAGACCCUCUGCUUCAGAGAGAGCACGACAUUCGCGUGAGCCUGCAGAUGGCCUCUGUGCAGUAUGUGCACACGCAGCGCUUUCAGGCCGAGGUGGUGGCCUUCAUUCAACACUUCACUCAGCUGCAAGAUGUCUUAGGGCGCCAGCGAGCUGCUAUCGAGGGUCAGACGGUGAGGGACCAGGCACAGCGCUGCUCGAGGAUUCUUCUGGAUAUUGAGGCCGGUGCCCCUGUGCUUCUCAUCCCAGAAAGUUCCAGAUCAAAUAAUCUGAUAGUAGCAAAUUUGGGCAAGUUGAAAGUGAAGAACAAAUUUCUCUUCGCUGGUUUUCCUGGGACUUUCUCCCUACAGGAUAAGGAAUCUGUGCCUUCAGCUUCUCCAACAGGUACCCCGAAACACAGUAUGAGGAAAAUGACAAGCACAGAGGACCCCAAAGGGCCCCAGGUACAGGGGCUGUUCAUGAUGCCUCCUUCAGGAGUGGGCCUUGGGAGCUUGAAGAGUGACUUUGUACCCAGUGCCUCCAUCAAACAGCGUGGGCAGCAGGCUGUGCCACCUGUUAACCAAAGUUCCAGCAGUCCAGAAGACCAUGUCUGCCUGCUGGAUUGCAUUGUUGUGGAUCUCCAGGACAUGGACAUCUUUGCUGCAGAGAGACAUCCCAGAGAGGGCUCAAAAACCUCAGAAAACAGUAGUGGGGACCUGAUCUUCCCUUCCUAUUUUGUGCGACAGACAGGAGGAAGUCUUUUAACUGAGCCUUGCAGGCUAAAAUUGCAGGUGGAGAGGAAUUUGGACAAAGAAAUAAGCCACACUGUUGCAGACAUAUCUGUCCAUGGCAGUCUGUCCUCUGUGCACUGCUCCCUGGAUCUGUAUAAAUACAAGCUGAUCCGUGGCUUGUUAGAGAACAACCUGGGAGAGCCCAUAGAAGACUUCAUGCGGCCUUAUGAUCUGCAGGAUCCAAGGAUUCACACUGUGCUGAGUGGAGAAGUGUACACGUGCAUGUGCUUCCUCAUUGAUAUGGUGAACGUGAGUCUGGAGCUCAAGGAUCCAAAAGGAAAAGAAGGCACUGGCUCCCUAGCCAGAUUUGACUUUAAGAAAUGUAAGCUGCUCUAUGAGAGUUUUUCCAACCAGACCAAGUCCAUUAACUUGGUUUCCCAUUCUAUGAUGGCAUUUGACACCCGCUAUUCUGGGCUGAAGCCCAGCCAUGGCAUGACCAAUGUGUUCAACUGUAUCUUUCAGCCCUCCAAGAGCAGCAGCGCCACCCAGGGCUCCAUUCAGAUUGAACUGCAUUUCAGAUCUACGAAGGAUUCCUCCUGUUUCACUGUUGUUCUCAACAAUCUCCGUGUGUUUCUCAUAUUUGACUGGCUGCUGUUGGUCCAUGACUUCCUGCACACUCCCAGUGACAUUAAGAAACAAAAUGUCACUCCUGCACGCCACCGCAAUGCCAGCAGUGAAUCUGCUGUUUUUCCUAAAACCGUUAAGAGUGGAGUAGUCACCAAACGGUCUUCCCUCCCCGUGUCCAAUGAGAGGCACCUGGAGGUCAAGGUCAAUGUAACAGGCACAGAGUUUGUGGUUGUUGAAGAUGUGUCCUGCUUUGAUACCAAUGCCAUUAUUCUGAAAGGUACCACAGUGCUCACCUAUAAGCCCCGCUUUGUUGAUCGCCCCUUUUCAGGAAGUUUGUUUGGCAUUGAGGUGUUUUCAUGCCGACUUGGGAAUGAGCAGGAUACUGCUCUUUCAAUUGUGGAUCCGGUUCAAAUUCAAGUGGAGCUAGUAGGGAACUCUUCUUACCAGAAUAGUUCUGGGCUGCUGGAUGCGUUCAACAGUGAAGACUUCCCGCCAGUUCUAGAGAUUCAGUUACAAGCCCUGGAUAUCAGACUCUCCUAUAAUGAUGUUCAGCUGUUUCUUGCCAUUGCAAAAUCCAUCCCAGAGCAAGCUAGUGCUGCAGCACCGGACUCGGCAGCCUUGGAGGCAGAUUCCAUCAGCUAUAGUCUGCCAGGGGCAUCUGGAAUUGGAGAGGAUGUCAGAGGAGGGUCAAGACACACUUUAGAUCCUGUCUUGGAGUUACAGCUGGCUAGACUGCAGGAGCUGGGCUUCAGCAUGGAUGAUUGUCGCAAGGCUCUUCUGGUGUGUCAAGGCCAGCUGAAGAAGGCAGCAAGUUGGCUGUUUAAGAAUGCAGAGCCCCUGAAGUCUCUGUCCCUGGACUCCAGCAGCAGAGACAACCCAGGGGCCAUGCCAGCUGCACGGAUCUCUGGAGUGGAGGUCAAGGCUGAGAGCGUGUGCAUCUGUUUCAUCGAUGACUGCAUGGACUGUGACGUGCCCCUGGCUGAGCUUACCUUCUCCCGUCUGAACUUUCUUCAGCACGUACGAACUAACCCCGAGGGCUACGCCCACUUCACCCUUUCCGGAGAUUAUUAUAACCGUGCUCUGUCAGGCUGGGAGCCAUUUAUUGAGCCAUGGCCGUGCUCUGUAUCCUGGCAACAGCAGGCAGCUAGUCGUCUCCAUCCUCCUCGACUGAAGCUAGAGGCCAAGGCCAAACGCCGCCUGGAUAUCAACAUUACUUCUGUACUGAUAGAUCAGUAUAUAAGUACCAAGGAAUCCUGGUUGGCGGAUUACUGUAAAGAGGACAAGGAGACAGAGUCAGCCAAGACAGAAGACUGGAUGGGCUCCUCUGUGGACCCACCAUGCUUUGGACAAAAGGUGAAAACCCCCAAGCGUCGCCAGCCAUUUGUCCCCUUUGCUCUUCGGAACCACACAGGAUGCACACUGUGGUUUGCUACCCUGACCACCACACCCACCAGGGCUGCGCUGUCUCACAGUGGGAGUCCUGGGGUGGUUCCAGAAGGGAAUGGAUCGUUCCUGGAUGAUGCACACAAUGUCAGUGAGUGGAGAGAAGUCCUCACAGGUGAAGAGAUUCCCUUUGAAUUUGAAGCCAGAGGAAAGUUAAGACACAGACAUACUCAUGACCUUCGUAUCCAUCAGCUGCAAGUUCGAGUGAAUGGCUGGGAGCAAGUGAGCCCAGUAUCUGUGGACAAGGUCGGGACCUUCUUCCGAUAUGCAGCACCAGACAAAAAUUCCUCCUCCUCUACGAUUGGCAGCCCAAGCAGCAGAACAAACAUCAUCCACCCUCAGGUUUAUUUCUCCUCACUCCCACCUGUGCGGGUAGUAUUUGCAGUCACAAUGGAAGGCAGUGCUCGGAAAGUAAUAACUGUUCGGUCAGCCCUCAUUGUGAAGAACAGACUUGAGACACCGAUGGAACUACGGUUGGACAGUCCUUCUGCCCCUGACAAACCAGUGGUGCUUCCCGCCAUCAUGCCAGGGGACUCAUUUGCUGUGCCUCUACACCUCACUUCUUGGCGGCUGCAGGCCCGACCCAAAGGACUGGGUGUGUUUUUCUGUAAGGUUCCCAUUCACUGGACCAAUGUAGUGAAGACAGCAGAGGUCAGCAGCAGCAAGCGGGAGUGCCACUCCAUGGACACAGAGAAAAGCCGAUUCUUCAGGUUUUGUGUAGCCAUAAAGAAGGAGAAUUAUCCAGAUUACAUGCCCUCAAACAUAUUUUCUGACAGUGCAAAACAGAUUUUCAGACAGCCUGGGCAUACUAUAUACCUCCUACCAACAGUGGUCAUCUGCAACUUGCUGCCUUGCGAGCUUGACUUCUAUGUGAAAGGAAUGCCAAUAAAUGGGACCCUGAAACCUGGCAAAGAGGCAGCCCUCCCCACGGCUGAUACAUCUCAGAACAUUGAACUGGGGGUGUCACUGGAAAACUUUCCACUUUGUAAAGAGUUGCUCAUUCCACCUGGGACGCAGAACUACAUGGUCAGAAUGCGACUCUAUGACAUCAACCGGCGGCAGCUUAACCUCACCAUCCGAAUUGCUUGUCGUGCAGAGGGAUCCUUAAAGAUCUUCAUUUCCGCACCGUAUUGGCUAAUCAACAAGACAGGGUUACCACUGAUCUUCAGACAGGACAAUGCAAAGACAGAUGCUGCGGGCCAGUUUGAGGAGCAUGAGUUGGCACGGAGCCUGAGCCCUCUCCUAUUCUGCUAUGCUGACAAAGAACAGCCAAACCUCUGUACCAUGAGAAUUGGAAGAGGGAUUCAUCCAGAAGGCAUGCCUGGCUGGUGUCAGGGCUUCUCCUUGGAUGGUGGUAGUGGUGUCCGAGCUUUGAAAGUCAUCCAGCAAGGAAAUCGUCCAGGUCUCAUCUACAACAUUGGUAUUGAUGUCAAGAAAGGCCGAGGUCGCUAUAUUGACACUUGUAUGGUCAUCUUUGCCCCUCGUUACCUAUUAGAUAAUAAAUCAUCUCACAAGCUUGCAUUCGCACAAAGGGAAUUUGCCCGGGGACAGGGAACAGCCAAUCCCAAUGGCUACAUUUCCACCUUGCCUGGAUCUAGUGUGGUCUUCCACUGGCCUCGCAAUGACUACGAUCAGCUGUUGUGUGUCAGGUUGAUGGACGUUCCUAAUUGUAUUUGGUCUGGAGGCUUUGAAGUCAAUAAGAAUAAUUCCUUCCAUAUCAACAUGAGGGACACCCUGGGGAAAUGCUUCUUCCUCCGAGUGGAGAUCACUCUCCGAGGAGCGACUUACAGGAUCUCCUUCAGUGACACAGAGCAGUUACCACCUCCUUUCAGAAUUGACAACUUUUCCAAGGUUCCUGUUGUCUUCACUCAGCAUGGGGUAGCUGAACCCAGGCUUCGGACUGAAGUGAAGCCCAUGAAGUCACUGGAUUAUGCCUGGGAUGAGCCCACCCUCCCACCCUUCAUCACCCUGACCGUUAAGGGGGCAGGCUCAUCGGAGAUCAACUGCAAUAUGAACGACUUCCAGAAUAACCAGCAGUUGUACUAUGAAAAUUUCAUCUACAUUGCUGCCACCUACACGUUCUCCGGUUUGCAGGAGGGAAAAGGAAGACCUGUGGCUUCCCACAAGGCAAUAACCUGUGCAGAACUUGUCUUGGAUGUGUCUCCAAAGACUCAGAGAGUCAUCCUGAAAAAGAAGGAACCAGGAAAGCGCUCUCAGCUCUGGAGGAUGACAGGGACAGGAAUGCUGGCCCAUGAGGGCUCUGCAGUGCCCCACAACCCCAACAAGCCCGCAGCCACACGCUCCAUAGAGGGGUCUGCUAUUCUAGACAUCGCUGGCCUGGCUGCCGUGACAGACAACAGAUAUGAGCCACUGAUGCUGAGAAAGCCAGAUCGUAGGCGCAGCACAACACAGACCUGGAGCUUCCAUGAAGGAAAAUUGACCUGUGGCUUGCAUGGGCUGGUUGUUCAGGCCAAAGGAGGACUUUCUGGAUUGUUUGACGGAGCGGAAGUUGUUCUUGGUCCUGACUCAUCUGUGGAGCUGUUGGGGCCAGUUCCACCAGAACAACAGUUUGCUAACCAAAAAAUGAGGCCUGGUUCUGGAAUGUUGUCCAUAAGAGUCAUCCCAGAUGGACCAACGAGAGCACUCCAGAUAACAGACUUCUGCCAGCGGAAAACUGAGCGCUCAUCAUAUGAAGUGGAAGAACUUCCCGUUACAGAGCAGGAACUGCAGAAACUGAGGAAUCCAGACACACAUCAGGAGGUGGAAGUGCUUGUGCGGUUAGAAGGUGGAAUUGGUGUCUCUUUAAUUAACAAAGUCCCAGAAGAACUGGUCUUUGCAAGCUUGACAGGAAUCAACAUCCAUUAUACUCAACUGGCAGCCAGUCACAUGCUUGAGCUUAGCAUACAGGAUGUGCAGGUGGACAAUCAGCUCAUUGGUACUACUCAGCCCUUCAUGCUGUAUGUGACCCCCCUGAGCAAUGAGAAUGAGGUCAUUGAGACAGGUCCUGCUGUGCAAGUCAAUGCAGUGAAGUUCCCCAGUAAGAGCGCGCUGACCAACAUCUACAAGCACCUGAUGGUCACAGCUCAGAGGUUCACAGUGCAAAUUGAGGAGAAACUGCUGCUCAAGCUACUAAGUUUCUUUGGCUACGAUCAGGCAGAAUCAGAGGUGGAAAAGUAUGAUGAAAACAUCCAUGAGAAGACAGCAGAGCAGGGGGGAACUCCAACUCGAUACUACUUUGAGAACCUCAAGAUCAGUAUCCCCCAGAUCAAGCUCAGUGUGUACACCUCCAACAAGCUGCCCCUGGACCUUAAGGCCCUGAAAAGCACCCUGGGAUUCCCACUGAUUCGGUUUGAAGAUGCUGUGAUCAAUCUGGACCCCUUCACUCGGGUGCACCCCUAUGAGACCAAGGAGUUCAUCAUCAAUGACAUCCUCAAGCACUUCCAAGAGGAACUCCUCAGCCAGGCAGCUCGGAUCUUAGGAUCAGUAGAUUUCCUCGGCAAUCCCAUGGGCCUUUUGAAUGAUGUAUCUGAAGGGGUCACUGGACUGAUAAAGUACGGAAAUGUCGGGGGCCUCAUAAGAAAUGUUACCCACGGAGUGUCAAAUUCUGCCGCCAAGUUUGCAGGGACUCUCUCGGAUGGCCUGGGGAAGACGAUGGACAAUCGGCACCAGUCAGAGCGAGAGUACAUUAGAUAUCAUGCUGCCACUAGCGGAGAGCACCUCGUGGCUGGCAUCCAUGGCCUGGCUCAUGGUAUCAUUGGUGGAUUGACCAGUGUUAUAACAUCAACAGUGGAAGGUGUGAAAACAGAAGGAGGAGUCAGUGGCUUCAUAUCUGGCCUUGGCAAGGGACUUGUGGGCACGGUGACCAAGCCAGUGGCAGGUGCCCUGGAUUUUGCAUCUGAAACAGCUCAGGCAGUGAGAGACACAGCCACACUCAGUGGUCCCAGGACUCAAGCCCAGAGGGUUCGGAAACCUCGUUGCUGCACUGGCCCCCAGGGGCUGCUUCCUAGAUAUUCUGAGAGCCAGGCAGAAGGACAGGAACAGCUCUUCAAGCUAACGGACAACAUCCAGGACGAGUUCUUCAUAGCAGUGGAGAACAUUGAUAGCUACUGCGUGCUCAUCUCCUCCAAAGCUGUGUACUUCCUGAAGAGUGGGGACUACAUAGACCGAGAGGCCAUUUUCCUCGAGGUCAAAUAUGAUGACCUCUAUCACUGCCUUGUCUCCAAAGACCAUGGGAAGGUGUAUGUACAAGUGACCAAGAAAGCUGCAAAUUCUAGCAGUGGCGUGUCCAUCCCAGGCCCAUCCCACCAAAAGCCAAUGGUGCAUGUGAAAUCUGAGGUCCUUGCUGUCAAGUUAUCACAAGAAAUAAACUAUGCAAAGAGCCUCUACUAUGAACAGCAACUUAUGUUAAGACUCAGUGAGAAUCAAGAGCAGUUGGAACUGGACUCCUGAGGACACCCAGCUGCUGGAGAGGGAUGCUCCAGACAGAAGCCCAACCCAGAGGGCUGAAGCCCAGACUUGGCUCCUGUUAGAAGGGAAGCCAGAAGAGGUUUUGGGGAAAAAUAUCAAGGAACAAGGGAAAAGAAAUUCUCACAGGGAAAAAUGUAAACAGAAACCAUAUUAGUUUGUGGGACAGGGAGUUUCUUUAGAUUAUGGGGAAAUAAUUUUUAAAGUAUUGAUGGAAUAACGUUUUAAAAUGUAUUAAGAAGGAUCUAAUUUUGAGAAUGCCCUGUAUUUUGUUAACAUGUAUAUAUGUACAACUGUGUGUUUGUAAAUACAUAGACGCUUCUGAGCGGGGCUGUGCUGUUGUGAAGGUUUGUUACCUGUACAGUAAUGUAAAGUUGGACUGGCCCUUCUGCCACACUGUGGCUUUUGCAUGCCUCCUGAAGGGAGUCCCUGUGGGAAAACGUUUUUGGAAGUGGAAGGGUGCAUUGUUUGAGUUGCAACUGCAAUCAGUGUUGAAGGGUGAGUCUUCAGUCACCUAGAGGCAAGCAGAAGCAGACUAGAAAGGACUAGAAACCAGCAUGGCGCCCAUCUUUGUUCUCACCUGUGUUACAGGCAGUGUUUAAAUUUCUCAGGCAGUUUUCUAACGUCAACCCAUUUGGCUGUCUUCAGCCACUCCACCCACUGGGAGGUUAGCUGCUGAGCAUUUGCCUACAUAUCAUGGCCAUCCAGGUUUUCUUCAUGCUUUUGUGAUUAAAGAAGUGUAAGGCAUUGGUGGGUUCUCUUGACGUAAGUCAAAAAAAGUCCCAUAUCCCACUGAGUUCUGUUUAAUAAAACCACAUGCUCACGUCACAGCAUUGUGGCCCCCUGAGAUAAGGAUGAGAAGGGAGAGUUAUAGAGAAGGGUGUGCAUGGGAGCCAGGGGCUUCCUGGGUUUCACUUUGCUAUUUCCCUUUUCUAGAAGGAAUAAGCAGAUUAGAGAUGGAGGGUGGGCCUUACCUUAUACCACAAUCAAGCCUUGUAGCUUUGGGUGGUGUUUUUGGUUUGUUUGUUUUGUAUUGUUUUUAAGUAAGUCUAGCCAAUUUCUACAAUUGUGUCACACAAUCGCUGAGAUCCGGGGUGACCCAGUGGGUGUGUUUUGGUAUUUAUAAUUCUGAUCCUUCCAAGGCACAAACAUAGCAGAUCUGUUCUCCAAGCCCCACCCCCAAUCCGUGUGUGUGUGUGUGUGUGUGUGUGUGUGUGUGUGUGUGUGUGUGUGUGUCUGUGUGUGUGUCUUUCUCUGUGUCUGUGCAUGCACCAUGGCACAUAAGCAUUGAUGGGCGAGAGCAGUCCUAAAGGAGCACUUUAGCUACAUAAGUGUUUUCAAGGAGCUAUCUUCUUGACCUCCUAGUUUGCCUUCUUCCCUGAACUGGACUGGACUGGACUGGACUGGACUUUUUAUGGGUUGGGUCUUUGGUUGGUGAUUUGUUGCUCCCUAAGGAGGGAAUGAAGAUGUCAGUGCCCUGUUGGAGACUCAUAUCUGAGGGGGAAGGGUUAGUUCCUCAUGGUCUUCCUCAACAACCUGGGCCUCCAUUCCCACACAAGUCUGGCCUCUGGUCUUACUUUCAGUAACCCAUUACCCGAAAUCUUGAUCUCUUACAGAGGAGGCUUCAGAAGCAUUGCUUAUGUGUGUCUUCUGCACGUGCUGGGACAGUCCCUAACCGUUAGAAGGAACAGUGUUGCUAAGGGAAGUCCACCCUGCCUUGGGCCCCUUAAACUGGGUUUCUCAGUCUGCAGCUGGUGCUUCAGGAGGACCCAGGGAGAAUCAGACACCCUCCCUCCUGGCUCCUUUCUAAUUUAAUCAGCUCUUUAAUAACUGCCCAUCUUCUGCGAUGACACAGCCCCUUCCUAUGAUACCUUAGAAGCAGCAGGUACUAAAAUGGGGUUUGAGACCAGAUGGGGUGAGACUGCAGGGUGAAGGGAGAUCAACUUUGAGUUCUCAGUUCUCCCAGCUGAAAAGCCCUCAUGCCAGGCCUGGGAAAUACUCCAGAUGCCUUCACUGUUGCUUCCUAGCUUCCCAGGACAGAGUCCAAUGCUCCAGAAGAAACGGGCCUUGUCACAGCUCCUGUUUCCUCUUAAGUUGGUAUUCACCAUGUGUCAGAGACUCUGCUGGGACAAGUUCGUACUGCCUCAAAUACAGCUCUUCUGGGAGAAGUUAGCAGAUGAAGGCAAGCUGGAUGAAGAGACAUUAGAAGCCACCCUGGUUCUUAGAGCACAUUGGAAAGCCAGGAGGAGAGCAUCCUGUUCCAGGCCCACACGGAGGAGGCAUAAAGGCAGCCUCUGUGUCAGCCCCCAACUGUUCGGUGGAGCACUCAUCCCACCUCAGUGUUCUAAACGAUCCAGGGCCACCUUGUCUUCAAGUGUCAUUUGUGCCUCAAAAAAAUAAAAGAUAUAAAAGGCAUCAUAGCUUCUCAGUGAAUGGAAAACAAAAUAAAGGCCUGGUUCUUCACUAUGUAUACACAGACUGUGCAAACUCCAUACUCUAGAGUUAGCACGUUCUAUAAAAUAAAAUACAUGGAUUUCCCACACGUUUGCUUUCUUCCUCCUGCUUUUCCUGUUCCUCCUCCUCUUCUCCCUCCUCCUCUGUGUUGCCAGAACUCUAGAAUCAUCACCAGUGCCAAGAUAUCAAACAUAGUACAGCCUUGGCAGUCAGGAGCAGCUCUGCGCUCCAUCCAGGGACUCAAAUCACCACUGAAUACUGGACAUACCUGGAAUGAGCAGACAGAAAUGGCUUUGCCCUCCAGUGGCUGUGUGCUAGAUGCUGUUGGGCUGAGCCUGCAGGGAGUAGAGUAGAAUGGUCAUCAUUUAGAGUUCAGACAAAUGGAGAGGAGGUAGAACAGACCCAUCUAGAGACAGGUGUUGAUCCAUGAAGGUGUGGAUCCGUAUAGGUUUCAGAGUUAUACUGGCAAAGGUGUCUAAUAAACUAGGAGGACCACAUUCACAUUUCAGAAUCAAGAGCAGUGGAGUAGUUGUGGUGGGUGUUGGGGCUGAAAGCUGGGUGAGAGGAAAAGGUUCAGGGAAAAAUGGAGUGAAACCAGAGAUACCACAUACUGACACCUCUAGAGUAUUCGGCCAGGGUAGAAAGUAGCUAAUACCUGUACCUUAAGAGGGAAAGGUGGCUAGGGGCAGGGACUCGCAACUAUAUAUUCCCAGCUGCUCAGACUGAGUUCUGAGGGUCCUUGGAGCCCAGGCAUUUCUAGGCCAGCAACAUAGCAAGGGAAAAAAAAUAGGGUAAGGGUGGUCAUGUGUGAGAGAAGAUGGGUGGACAUUUGAUCACUUCUUUGUUCUAGGGACAUGAGCUGAUUAUGACAGGGCAGGGGGUGAUAGAGAUACAUAAAGAUGUGACCUCCCCCUACAGGAAGACAGCAUGCCAGGGUCGACACCAGUUUGUCAAUAUUGUGGUUUACCAUUAGGAACAGUGGCUGUGGAGUUAUAGCAAAUACUUUCAGUAUCAUUUUUAUGGCCAUAUUGGUUUUAUUCCUUUAAUUUUUUAUUUAACAUUUGAAUUACAUGUAUUUGUUGUGUGUGUGUGUGUGUGUGUGUGUGUGUGUGUGUGUGUGUGUGUGUGUGUAAAAGAGACAGGCAGACAGACGUGGGUACCGGGGAUUGAACUCAGGCUCUCAGGCUUGGCUGCAAAUGCCUUAAUCUGCUGAGCCAUUUUGCCAACUCACCUUUCAUUUUUUAAACUUAAUAUAUUAUGUGAGUAGAUUUCCUGAUCUAGCCCGCUCUUAAUCCCUAGAAUGAUUCUCAUUUCUGCAGCAUGUGUUAACUUGUUAGUCUUUGAUAAGUCUUGUUUCUGCAGCGUGUGUUAACUUGUUAGUCUUUCCAUAUGUCUUGUUUCUUUUGCUGCUAUUUUGAGUCUUUGUAUCUAUAAAGUAAGAAAUAUCUUUGGUUUCCUUAAAUGGAUCAGAGAGCUGUCCACAUUCUUCUGGUUUGUCCUACUUAAAUUACAGUAGGGUUUCCUGUUCUGGUUUUUGAUGGUUAGAUGAGUGUGCGUAUUUUGCAUUAGUCCCAUUAGUCCCUUUAAUCACUGUCCCACUGUCUGCCAAUUGGGGUAUUUCAGAUUUUCCGUUUCUUAGGUCAGCUUUGACAACAUUUUUUUUUAACAUGUUUUAGUUUUCUUAAGCCUUUUUGUUAUCAUACAGUUGUGUGGAUUCUCUUAGCUUAUUUUAACGCCUUCUGUGUUUUCUCAUUCUAAACCCUACACAUUUCCACGGCUUGGUUUAAGUCUGUUGUCCUUUUUUAAAUAACUACUCUGAAAUUCCCUUCUCUUUGCUGCUUUGUUUUUGUUACUCUCGAUUCAUUUUGAUUUGUGUUACUCCUCUGCUUUCUAAAGUAGGUUCAGUCAUGCCCUGGUAUCCAUGGAGACAGCAUCCCCAUCCCUGUGGAUUCCACAUGCUCAGAUGCUCAAGUUCUGGAUGGUACAUGUAUUUGCAUAUUGAGGUGAUUAAAGCACAUCAGGUUGAAUGGAUUUGGAAUCACCUAGGAGACACACUUACCUGAUUGUCUGUGAGGGUGUUUCCGGUUUACAUGAGGAGGGAAAUGUACUAUGAAUACAGGCAGUACCAGCCCAUGAGCUGGAAUCCCAGACACCUCCCACUGGAAGGAAGGAAGGAAGGAAGGAAGGAAGGAAGGAAGGAAGGAAGGAAGGAAGGAAAAGAGAAAGAAAGAAAGAGAGAGAGAGAAAGAAAGGAAGGGAAAGAAAGGAGAGGAGAGAAAGCCAACUGAAACAGCAUUCAUCUAUCUGACUGUGGAUACAACAGGACCAGCUGCCUCAUAAUCGUGCCACCAUGCUAUGGUGGACCAAACCAUUGGACUGUGAGUAUAAAUAAACCCUUCUUAAGUU